AUGAAAACCGCGAUCUCAAGAGUUAGAGCCCUUCUCCUAUCAUGCCUGCUGCUCGGCACCGCGAACUUGUUACGAGCGCAGUGUCCUGCGGGCUACUAUCAGAGCGCAGGAAGCUGCAAGAUCUGUCUCGGCUAUGAGUUCAACCCAACUCAAGGGAUGGCGGUACUGGUGGCCCAGCCCUGCCCUAAAGGGAAGUACCUCAAGAAUGCUUGUCACUACGGAAACUCUACAACAGACAGUGUUUGCAUGUCUUGCACUUAUUCGAGCACGGUCUACUCGCUUCCUGCUGGCGCUGCCUACGGUUAUCCCCUGCGUGGCCCUGAAGUGAACGACUGUGAUGUGUACUGUGUGAACUCGUAUGCAUACCUCUACUUCUCUUACAACAACGAUCGGUAUCCUGACUGCAGAAGUUGUUCAAGGUACAACACAAAUAAUCAAUUUGCGACCCCCUUCGCCGACAUGGAGAACAAGUACAAUGAUUCCGGCCAGUAUCCGUCACGCUGUCUGCCCUGCAGCAGCUUUCGUCCCUUGCAUUCCGAAUACUUGUAUCCUCUGUCGGCAAACACAGACACAUGCCAAUGGCGUUGCAGAGAUGGAUAUCAAAAGGUAACAAGGAAUGGGAUCGAUUUCUGCGAGCCCUGCUCAGCCCCCUGCUACCCGAAUGCGGUGGAGCUGGGCAGCGCCGAGACCUACCUGGUAGCUCAAGUCUUCCUGAAGGUUGGGGGGAUGGUGCUCAAGGCGAAACCUCCUGACUGUGUCCCUGCCCAGUGGAUCUGUGCCGCAAGGGACGACAGUUCGUCUUGA